AGCUGGGUUCUGGGAAAGGGCCAGAUUGCAUCAGACAGGGCCUCAUGGGCCAGAGCCAGACUGUGGUCUGAGGAGGAGACACAGCCUUAUAAGUUGGGGCCAGUGGACUGGGAGAGAAGAGGCACUUGUCAGGAAACCAGACACAGACAAAGCUUCAGAAGAAGAGGGACAGUGAGAGCAAGCCAGACAUGAUGGCCACCUUCCCGCAAGCAGCCAGUCCCUCCCGGCAACCCCCAGGCCCAGAGGAUGAGGACCCCAACCUGGAUGAGUACGACCUGUACAGCCUGACCCAUUCCUACCUGGGAGGUGGAGGCCGAAAAGGUCGCACCAAGAGAGAAGCUGCUACCUACACCAACCGCCCCAGCCCUGGUGGGCACGAGAGGAAGCUGGUGACCAAGUUCCAGAAUUCGGAGAGGAAAAAGCAAGGGGCACGGCGCUGAGACAGAGCUGGAGAUGAGACCAGACCACGGACACUACACCCAGCAAUGGAGACAGGACUGCGGAGGAAUGAGGACCUGAGACAGCAUCCAGGCCUGCUUACCCACCCCUCCCCCCAGGACUUACCCCACAGCUCCCAGGGGCUGUGAAGAAAGUACUUCCAACCCCAGCAAAAGGAAAAGAUGGGGAGCAAGAGUCAGGGAACAGAGAAACAGAGUCAGGAAAGUACCCUGAGAAAAGACACCGGAGCUCCCUGGUGGCAGCCGCCACAAUAAACAAAGUGCAGCAGCUGCA